AUGUUAACAGUACACCCUGUCGUUCUUACAAUUAAAAAGAUGAAAACUGCUGAUACGGAUUGUAUGGUACUAAGUCGAUGCGAAUUACAGUGCUUUACAACUAAAGCGAUGGUGCUGAGGGUGAUGCGGCAUUUGCUUUUGGCGAAGUAG